AUGGAGAAACAUGGUUUAGGUAGUAAGAACAACGACGAUAAUACGAUCAAAACACCUACAGAGCUUGGUAAAAGAAGCAUAUUUUACGACGAAGAUUGGAAUCCAACUGGUAGUGCUCCAUCGGAACAAUUCAGGAAUAUUCCGUAUAAUCCGUCGACCUUUGUUAGAAAAGGACCUGACAUUGAUCCAAUAAUGCAUGGAUUGGAGAAUGUUUUAUAUCCUAAAUGA